GGAUACGUAAUCGCCUUGUUGUCCUCGCUGAGUUGCGGGAAUGUGCAAGUUCCGGCCAGCCGAUGAUUGUCUCGCCUACUCGUCAGGGCUCGAAACGAGUACCCCUUUCCACUUUAGCUGUAAGCGGGGAUCGUCAACUAACCGCCUCAACCAACGUCCUAGCCCGCUGUACCCGGACCUUAUAGUGGUACAUCCGUAGUGACCAACCACCUGGACAGAUGCAGAACGACCGACGUACAUGGUCAACUCUCACGUGAAACCAACCCAGAACACUCUCAAGUUCACUACUUAAUCAAUCGUUUUUGUUAAAUCAAGUUCGUAUCAAAUCCGUCUUCAGUGGCUGAUGUACAAGAUCAAUCGCUGACAGGGGCAGCAUCGUCAUAGUCAGGGGGGCCAUCAACACGGCCGUCCUCCUUAUAUUUACAAUCACCUCUGCCAAGCAUCGCCAUGGUUGAUAAAGAGAAACAACACCACCAGAAUGCCUCGGAAUGGACGGCAGAUCAAGGGCAUGGCCUAGACAAUCCGGAUCCCCCUCCAGCGUACUAUCCAUAUUCGCAAUGGAACAGGCCGGUUGACCCUCGAACCUCGUCCACACAGUCCUUGGCCCCGUCCACCCCGACAGGCAGUUACAGGGACCCAAGGAGGACGCUGCUCGUUAUUUACAUUCAUGGUUUCAUGGGUAACGACUCUUCCUUUCGCUCCUUUCCCGCCCAUGUCCACAACUACCUUCGAGAAGCCCUGGCCGAGACACACGUCAUCCACUCCAAGAUCUACCCCCGCUACAAGACUUACAAGUCCAUUGCCGUGGCCCGGGAUAACUUCAGUAACUGGCUUCUACCACACGAGUCGCCCACCACCGAUGUUGUCCUGAUCGGCCAUUCUAUGGGCGGCCUGCUGGCUGCUGAAGUUGCUCUGUUGCCACGUCAACCUCAAGAUCUUCCAGCUUACGACGACUCUCCCUUUCGCCAUCGGAUCUUGGGAACUCUGUCUUUAGAUGCUCCAUUGCUAGGCCUCCAUCCAGGUAUUGUGGUGUCUGGAAUUGCAAGUCUCUUUCGUAAAGCUCCGAGUCCUCCAGGAGCCACGAGCGCGGGGCAAGAGUCUCAAACACUUGUCGCCCAGCAGUCGCCAGGGCUGUCACCAGAUGCAUCUAUCUACUCCGAGAUCUAUCCUCCUCCGGAGGCAACUUCACCUAUACCAAGGCUGACACCACCAUCAACGAUGUCCUCUCCCUCAGCGCCUGAUCCUUUCUUCAACCCCAAAUUCUUCAACGAUGUGGCGUUUGUGGAUCGAGGCUGGUUGAAGAACAUAGCCCAUUUUGCGCAAAAACACAGCCAAGAGAACCUCGUCGAGGCAGCUACUAACCACAUCAUAUCACACCUUGAGUUUGGCGGCUGUCUGGCCGACUACCCCGGCAUGAAGUCCAGGUAUAACAGGUUGAGGAGGUUGGAAGAUGUGGAUGAGUUGACACAGUCCCCAACGAAUAAUGAGCACCUGGCGAGAGUACGGUUCGUAAACUACUACACCGUUUCUACCGGGAUACUCAAGGACAAGGAAGCUCGCAAGAACAGUGCUCCAAAGGUUGCUUCAGAAGUUGCUCCCGAGGGCUCUUCGAAGCCGAAAAUGAUUGAGAAGGCGGCCCCUGAGAGGGAAUCUUUUGAUACCGCGAGAUCUCAAACCUCGACUCCGCGGAGCUCAGAAGAGUUGGAACUCACAGAGCUGGAACCUGUACCCGAACCAGACGACGAGCCCAUCCAGGGGCAUGUGGAAGAGGACAAGUCCCCUGCAUACGUCUCUCACGAAGAAGUUGACAAGACUGCUGAACAUUCCAUCAGUAACAUCAGCGGAACCGAAAUCGGAAGCAAAAGCGGAAGCGGAAACGGAAGCAUGAUCGAGCCCAGCACAACAACCUCCUCACUCCCUCUACCGGACCUUCCCCCGAUCCCCGACACCCCCUCGCCGCCCCCAGCUAUAGACCUCAGCUCCAUCACCGACAAAGAAGCUCGCAAACAAGCCGAAAAGGACGCCAAACAAGCCCGGAAGGAGUACGAAGCAGCAGUCAAGAACCGGGACAAGAUCCUGAAGGAGCGACUGAAAAUCGUCGAGAAGCACGAGAAGCAAGUAGCGAAACUCCAACGGGACACUCAAAAACAGCAGGAAAAGCUGCAAAAGGACGCGGAGAAGCAGGAGAAGAAGGAGAAGAAGGAGUGGGAGCGCAGGCAGAAGAAGGAAGAGAAACUGAAAGCGGAGUCGACGGCGAGCAGGAUUGGGGAGUUGGAGAGUCAUCAUUUGGCUCAUAAUCAGAGUCUGGAUGGGGGGUCGCUGUCCGGAUCCCCAGGGCCUGAAGGUGACGAUGGGGGUGGGGAGGCAACAACAACGGGCAAGAACAAGGAUAAGCAAAAGCAGAAGAAAGAGAAGGGAAAAGAAAAGGAAAAGAAGGAAAAGGAAAAGAAACCACAAAAACUCCGCAAAUUCUGCAUGCUCCCCUCCAAAUCCAACGGCGUCAUGGACCCAACUUGGAUCCAAAUCUACAUGGAGGGGGUGGACGAGGUCGGCGCCCACUGUGGCUUGUUCUUCCCGGGGCCGCACUAUGAUAAGCUGGUGGGGGAUGUCAGCUCGAGGAUCGUGGGGUGGGUGCAGGAUGAUGCGAGCAAGAGGUUGUUACUUGAAGGGAUGGAGGGGCUUGAUCUUGAUUGAUGAGGUCGUCCGUCGGUGGUGAGGUUGAUGGGAGGAGGAUGGGUACUGGGUAGUGAGUGAGGGAUGAAUAUGACACGAAAGACAGACACCUGAGGGGAUGGGGGAAAUAAGGCUCGUUACGAUCCAUGACAAACAAACACGCAGACAGACAGAGAAGAUAGCUGAGAUACUGAAUGAGGCACGAAGCAAUAAACUAUAUAGUCCAUGCACACAUAUGGCAUUUAGG